CAGCAUGCAUCCUAUUUUGCCUCAGCGCGUUAGAUAACUCAGGAAAGAGAAAGAAAGAUGUAAACGCAAACAUCAGCUACCAACGUGUUCAUGGCAAUGUAUUAGUACUACUGACGUGUUCUUGUUUACAGUAAGUUGUUGUCUUCUGUAUACCUCUGGAAGGCCUAGUCUGAUUCCAUGCAUGGAGCAUUUCGAGGAGGACUUAGUGGAGGCACUGAAGGAAAUAGUGAGAGACGGGAACUGGCAGUGUGUAGGGGACAAGUAUAAUUUCCAGGCGCCAUGUACCAAGUUAUAUUCAGAGGACGGCGAGCAUUUGGUGUUAGUGCACACCGAAGAUGACAAAUUCUGGGCAAUGGAUUCGUCUUGUCCUCACGAGGGGGGUCCAUUGGAACUUGGUGACAUUGAGGACCUUGGCGACGGUAGAAUGGCACUGAUCUGCCCGUGGCAUCAGUUUGACUUUUGCCUGGACACAGGAGCCUCCUCUACUGGGCUGCAGAAUCAAGUUUACAACGUGAGAGUGGUGCAAGGGAAAGUGUAUGUCAACUCACAGAAUGAGUUGUCUCUGAGCCCUUUUCCUGAAGCCAACAGCAUAGUUGUAGACCAAUUAUACAUUGCAAAUGGUAACAAACAGUCUUCAGAGAAUAGCCUUUGUUACUGGGCCACAAAGAUCCUGUGUACGCCUGAUCCAGAGGAGAAGGUGACCUUGACCCUGGAGGUGCAGAGGAAGUGGAACUCAGGGGAGAUCCCAGAUGUGGGCGGCGCCACACCUCCAACCCAACCCAGCAGGAAGGAGAACCUGACGGUGCUAGAGCCUGGCAAGAUCAAACGGGGCAAAGGAGGAACCCUGGCCAGCCGAGUGGCCCUUCUGCACUCUCUAGCGAACAUCGAGCAGUGGGCCAUCGACCUGUCCUGGGACGUCAUCGCACGCUUCUCCGACACCAGGCUGACCACAGGGGCGGCGCUGCCUCGCCAGUUCUUCAGUGACUUUGUCAAAGUGGCCGGCGAUGAGGCAAAGCACUACCACCUGCUAGAGAAGCGCAUCACAGAACUUGGCAGUUACUUUGGAGCCCUGCCUGUGCAUAACGGACUGUGGCAGUCUGCAUCAGACACGGCUCAUGAUCUUCUGGCCAGACUGGCCAUCGUUCACAUGGUACAUGAAGCCAGAGGUCUUGACGUGCACCCUCAGACGCUGUCUCGCUUCGCCGCCCAGGGUGACGCCAAAUCCGUGGAGGCGCUGGAGGUCAUCUACUCCGACGAGAUCACCCACGUGGCGGCGGGUUUGCGCUGGUUCACCUACGUGUGUGGCGAGGAGGGCAGGGAGUGUGUGCCCACGUUUCAUGAGCUGGUGAAGUUGCACUUUAAAGGUUACCUGAAGCCUCCAUUUAACACAGAGGGGAGGAAAACCGCAGGGAUGACAGAGGAGUGGUAUGUUCCUUUGGUGAAACCCUCCAGCUGACUGAAGGAAAAUGCACACCCUUGCGCUACAGGUGGCAGUAUGAAGAUAAUGACUGGGGCCUGACAUAGACAGGGGACCAUUAAGAGACUGGUAUUACCAGCCCCAGCGAAGGCAAUAGGAGAGGGAACAGGCAGAGAAUGGAAGAUCAGCAUCACCUUACUACAAAAAAUAAGAGGACAUAAGAAAUGCUAGUCUUUCUUGCUGUGUGGGACCUGAGAGAGACGUUAAACAUGUAUUUAUUUAUGUAUAUGCCAUGUCAUUUUAGAAUGUUUUCAGAAUGCUUCAUAUUAAACAUGAGGAAAUUA